UGGCAUGGCGUGCAUUGGAAAAAUAGUUUUGCGCCUCUUAUACAUUUAUGUUUAGGUUGCCUUUGGCGACACUUCGCUUUAGUAUUCUCACGCGUAAUCGCAUGUCGGCAUUCGUUUCGGCGCGGCGCGGCGUCAACUAUUAGCAUUUCGAAUUCACAACUCAGCGUCAGCCUUUCGUGCGGUGAAUUUCACGCGUGCCCAUAUUACAAUGACAAUAGUGACAGCAGUAAAGAAUAAUAAUAACAUAAAACAACCAUAGAAAUAGAGGCAGACCAUCAACAUAUUUCGUUAUGUUUGGCAUUCGUUACGAUCCGAGCCAUAGUUGUCGCCCGCAUUCUGUAUUGUACGGACCUUAAGUGCUCCGCAAAAUUAUUCAGCGCGAAAUAUAAGAAUCAUAAAAAAAAGCUAAUUACAUUCGUCUAAUUAAAAAAAAAUAAACUGAAAUAAGGCGGCAUUCCCUAAUAUUCGUACUACAAAUUUCCCAUCACUUAACGCGAAAUGGCCACUCCCGAUGAGUUGGCGCGCCUUGUCGCCAUACAUCUGCGCGAUCUGCAGGAGAGUGAACCCAAUUGGACCGUAGCGCAUUCCGAUGUCGCCGGUCGCGGUGUCUUCGCAAGGCGUGACAUCGCCGCGGGUGAGUUGUUAUUUCGCGAACGUCCGCUUGUUGUUGGCCCUACAGCGCGCAAGGGCUCCAUACUCAAUACUUGCAUUUGUUGCCACAAGUUGUUGGCCGUCAAGGACUUCCUCUGCAAGCGCAAGUGCAUGUUGCCCGUUUGUGAGGCGUGCGCCGUUUCAGAGAAACACCGCGACGAAUGUGAACUAUUCCAGCGUUGGCAGCCUGUGGAACUGAGUCAGUUAGUCGAUAUGUGCAAUGAUAAAAGCGCCGGGCCACCUUUGGUGAAUCCAUACUCGCUGCGCAUACUGACAGCUGUGCGCGUUUUCUUCCUCAAACCCGAUCAACGCGCGCUUGUCGACGCCAUGCAAGCGAAUGCGGAUCGGGGCUAUCGACAGGAGAUCAUCAAAGCAGCACAGAGCUUUCGGAAAUUCCCCACUACAGAUAAGCCUUUUAUGGACAAUCUCUUUCGCACCGUAGGUGUGCUGAAUACUAACGCAUUCGAGGCGCCGUGUCGUGUAGGUGAACACGAGACACUUUUGCGUGGCCUUUUUCCGCUAACAGCCAUCAUGAAUCACGAAUGCACGCCCAAUGCGAGCCACUACUUCGACAAUGGACAUUUAGCGGUGGUGCGUGCGGCACGUCAUAUACCAAAGGGUGCUGAGAUCACAACCACCUAUACAAAGAUCCUGUGGAGCAAUCCGACACGAGGCAUUUUUCUCAAAAUGACUAAACAUUUUGUCUGUGAAUGUGCGCGUUGCAAUGACCAUACGGAAAAUGGCACCUACCUGUCUGCGCUCUUUUGCCGUGAACAAGGCUGCAAAGGCAUCGUGAUACCACUGCAAGCGAAAACACUGCAACCGGACUGGCGUUGCCUCACCUGUGACACAGUCUUUCCGCACUCGAAGAUGUCGCGCUAUCAGGACUUUGCGCUGAAUACGAUCAAUAAUCGCAUUAACACGAGCACCGUGCACGAUCUGAUAAAUUUCAUUAACGAAAUGUGUCCACGCUUCUGCCCACCCUCGAAUUAUGUGCUGGUCGAAGCGAAAUUGAAUGUGAUUUGGCGCAUGCAGCGCUACAAAGGCGAUUGCACCGAGGAGGAAAUGCAACAUCGCGAUCGCUAUCGGGAGGAGAUACUUGAAAUAUUGGAGAAACUGGGUGCUGGAGAUUGUACGCUGAAAAAGUUGAUUACCAAUGAGAUACCGUGAGCAGGGGCAGCGAGUGGCGAAGGUGGAGCUGGAGCGGCGUGCGGGGCAGAAAAAAAGCAUUAAAGAAAUUUUGUAUUUAUUGUGUUGAAGGGGGGUUUGUGUGCGCCAAUAUCAAAAAAAUAUGUGAUUGCAGUGCCGAAGUGCUGGUGCUUACAUACAUAUGCACAUAUUUCAUUGUUAUUUGAUUGUUACAAUAGUAAUUUAUUCAUUUCUCUGUUUACUGUUUACCCCCAUCGCUGACAGCUUUCGUGCAGCUGCAAAUUUCACACUAGAUUUGCUUGCGAGAACAAUGCAAUUAUUUAUGCGUUAAUUUAUUUAUUACUAAAUAGUUUUGCCCUCAAAUUUAUAAAUAUUUAUUUAAUGUUGGUGUGUGCGCUUUUUUCUAUUGCAUAAUAAAGUCUUUAUAUUCACAUAAAGUCUGAAAUAAGUAGCAAAUGGUUAAUGAAACAAUUUAAGUAAAUGAAAAUAAUUAAAUAAAAUGAAAAUUGCAAUGAAAAGAAAAGCCGAA